AUGGGGACUGAGAACAAGGAGGUAAUUCCCAAGGAAGAAAUUUCUGAAGAAUCUGAGCCACAUGGGGCAAUAUUAGAAAAACUUCCAAAGGUAGUUUACGAGGGUCACGAGUUUGGAGUGGCAUGUGAAGACAGCUUGUUGGAGGGGCAUUCAAGAGAGUCCACAGAAGAGAUUAUGGAGCAGAUGUCUCCUGAGGAGAGAGACUUCGAAUCAGGGCUGAUUAUCUUUAAGAAAUCACCCUCAAGUGAGAAAGACCAGGAGAAUGAAAGUGAGAGAGUCUGCAGUCCCAGCCCAGACCUGAUUACACAUCAGGGAGAUAUUACAGCACAGACAGUUAGUACAUUUGCUACCUCUGGCCAAAACUUCAUAGAGAAGUUAGAACCUAACAAAACACAGAGAAGUUCUGUGGGAGAAAAGCCUCAUACAUGCAAAGAAUGUGGGAAAUCCUUUAAUCAGAAUUCACAUCUUAUCCAGCAUAUGAGAGUUCAUAGUGGAGAGAAACCCUUUGAAUGCAAAGAAUGUGGAAAAACAUUUGGAACUAACUCAAGCCUUCGCAGGCACCUGAGAAUUCAUGCUGGAGAGAAGCCCUUUGCUUGUAAUGAAUGUGGAAAGGCCUUCAUUCAGAGUUCACAUCUUAUCCACCAUCAUAGAAUUCAUACUGGAGAGAGACCUUAUAAAUGUGAAGAAUGUGGUAAAGCCUUCAGUCAGAAUUCAGCCCUUAUUCUACAUCAAAGAAUCCACACUGGAGAGAAACCAUAUGAAUGUAAUGAAUGUGGGAAAACCUUUAGGGUUAGCUCACAGCUUAUUCAGCAUCAGAGAAUUCAUACUGAAGAAAGAUAUCAUGAAUGCAGCGAGUGUGGCAAAGCCUUCAAGCAUAGCUCAGGCCUUAUUAGACACCAGAAAAUUCAUACUGGAGAAAAACCAUAUCUUUGUAACGAAUGUGGAAAAGGCUUUGGUCAGAGUUCUGAGCUUAUCAGGCAUCAAAGAAUUCAUACAGGGGACAAACCAUAUGAAUGUAAUGAAUGUGGAAAAACUUUUGGCCAGAACUCAGAGAUUAUUAGACAUGUUAGAAUUCAUACCGGCGAGAAGCCUUAUGUAUGUAAAGAAUGUGGGAAGGCCUUUAGGGGGAACUCAGAACUUCUUAGACAUGAGAGAAUUCACACUGGAGAGAAGCCCUAUGAAUGCUUUGAGUGUGGAAAAGCUUUUAGGCGGACCUCCCAUCUUAUCGUCCACCAGAGAAUUCAUACUGGAGAGAAACCUCAUCAGUGUAAUGAAUGUGCAAGAACCUUCUUGGAUAAAUCUGAGCUGCUUCUCCACCAGAAAAUUCACAUUGGAGAGAAACCUUAUAAAUGUAAUGAGUGUGGGAAAACAUUCAGCCAGCAUUCUCAACUUAUCAUACAUCAGAGAAUUCACACUGGAGAGAAGCCUUACGAGUGCCAAGAAUGUCAGAAGACCUUUAGUCGGAGCUCUCACCUCCUCCGACAUCAAAGUGUUCACUGUAUGGAUUGAUUUGCAAAAUAGGAAGGCUUUCUGUGGAAAGGCUGAAGUUAGACUUAUUCAUAACCUACACCCCAAUUUUUCAGAUCAACUGAAUGGACAGAACCUCCUCUGUUCUGGUUUUAAUUUAAACAUUUGGUCAAAUAGUAUG